UUUAGAGCUCUGUUGGCAUGAUAAGUUAGAGACUUAGGAGAGAGGAUUUGUGAGUUUGGCAGUGGUUUGUAUGAUUGGUGUUAUGAUUGAUUGGCAAGAGGUUAAUUAUUUUAUUAGUUUACAACACUUUGCACACGUCGCGCAAAAUUAAAAGCUAGCUAGCUUGCUCUCGUAAUAAUUUGUACCUUGUGCAACAUUGCUCUCGACAUUGACAGUAUAUCGUCAUAUUCGUCGUAUUCUCAACUUAAACUUAAUAAAGAACAUCAAUACAUCAUGUCUGUCAAAGCUGUCUGUAUGCUCGUAGGUGAGGCAGUAAAGGGGAGAAUCGAGUUCGAACAGGGAGAAGGGAGUAAUUCAGUAAGUGUGAAAGGUGAAGUGACUGGCCUUGCACCUGGUCAACAUGGCUUCCACAUCCAUCAGUUUGGAGACUACACUAAUGGUUGUGUGUCUGCAGGAGGACACUUCAAUCCCUUUGGCAAGGAACAUGGAGCACCCGAAGACGAAAUGAGACAUGUUGGUGAUCUUGGCAACAUUAUUGCAGAUGCCUCUGGUAAAGUUGAUGUGAACCUCUCCGACAAACUCCUCUCCCUCUCUGGACCACAAUCCAUCAUUGGACGUGCAGUGGUGGUGCAUGCUGAUGUGGACGACUUGGGAAAAGGUGGCCACGCGACCAGCAAGACGACUGGUAAUGCAGGAGGACGUCUUGCGUGCGGAGUCAUCGGCAUCCAGGCUUGACUAGAUACCCCUCGACUCUGAACACCACUGCUCAAACAUUCACUACUAAGUGUAAUCUUUGAUAUAUGUAUAUGUAGGACCACUUAAAUUUUGUUUGUAGACGGUGAUUAUGCAAGUUUCACUGCAAAUUGUUUUUGUACUACCAGUUAUGUAGUUAAUUCUUUGUGUUUGAAAUCAAUAUUUUCGAAGGAGUUGUCAAAAUGACCAUAGUGUAGUGCAUCGGUGAGGGGUAAAAUUUAUCAAAUGAUGUUAUAAUGGUUCAGCAUAUAUAGAGCAGAAUGCUAUAUUGAAUAAUGCAACUCCUGCACACUGGCAAUUUUUUUUUUUUUUUUUUUUUUUUUUACUUGUGUUGCUCCCAUCCAUAUAACAGCGGAUCGUGGUACAAUUGAUAUUGAUAUGAAAAGAGAUUGCGAAAGGCAAAUAUUUUAUCAACAAUCGAGCUGAAAAUGAUAUCGCUAUGAGCAAAGGUUUUGGGAAUCAUAUUUUUCAUAAUCAUUCGUAGUGGUGAAUAUGAUAUCUUUUGAGCAAAGAUUGUGGAAGCCAAAUUUGUCAGCUACAAUCCUGAUAAUUUGGCUUUCAUUCGCAAUUCACGUGUCAGAGUUGUUGGCGGGAAUAAGCCAAACUUUAAAGUUGAAGGAUUUGUUUUCCUCAAACCAUGGAAUGAUCAACCAACGACAGUUUUGUACAAACUUUUUAGAGGCAGAAGGCAUUGCUUUUUUGAUAGGAGGAUAUGAGAGAACGCACUUCAGGCCCUCACAUGACAAUACAUGUACUUUCUAGGAUUUUAAAGUUCAUUUGUAUGCAAGUACUAUAAUUGUUCAACAUAUUGAUAAUGUUGCAGAGCUAUUUGUAGUUUAAAAACAAAUGAUUAAAGUACUGUCAUGUAUAAUGAGAUUUUUCCAAAAAAGGCAAGUUAUUAAUGUAAUUUACUGCAUCUAGACUUGUGCUUUAUGGAACUUUCCUGCCACUUGCAUUGAGAUCCAUGUCAUUGUUUGCCAGAUAAAGCACCUCUUUGUCAGCUGUCUUUUCCAGAGACUUUAAAGGGAAUUUAACAAAAUUAUCUUGGCACUUUAAAAUGUUGCCUAGAUUACGAACCUAACGUAUAGAAUAUUGUGAGCCAAGCUCCGUAGCAUGUUGCACAAGAAUUAUGUUGAUAUUAAAAAUGAAUAUAGUAUUUUAAGGGAUAGAAAGCA